AUGGCUACUACAGGCACACCGACAACCGUAUGCUGCGUGGGCGACAUCCAUGGCUUCAUAACUAAGCUCGAGCAAGCAGUUGGAGUUGGCUCCCCUGAUUUUCAAUCUGCUCUAAUUAUCUUCCUGGGCGAUUACUGCGACAGAGGCCCCAACACCAACGAAGUCCUUGAUUUCCUCAUUUCACUCCCCUCCAAUUACCCUAAUCAGCGCCAUGUCUUCCUCUGCGGCAACCAUGACUUCGCAUUCUCCGCCUUCUUGGGGCUUCUCCCCGGCUCCGAUUUCUCCGCCACGUGGACGGAAUACGCGAUGAAUGAGGAGAGAGAGAGAGAGGUGGUACAUGUAGAAAAAGAGAUAUUCCGAAGAUCUUCCAACAGUACAAUGGCCAUGGCUAUGAGAAUAUGCAUCUGGUGGGCGGGUAGGAUGAUUGGCUUCAAUCGCGCCAAAAGCACUGAUUAUCAGGGCUCCAUUUACGAUGCUGCACAUCCCGGAGGUGAUUUGAACAAAACUGAAUUGAGUGAAACUCCAACUAUUGUGGUUAGUGGUCAUCAUGGAAAGGUCCAUAUUGUAGAGUUGCGGUUAAUUAUUGAUCAAGGAGGUGGUAUGGUGAGUAACCCAGUGGCUCCCAUCAAAGACCCUCGUGCUCGACACUGAACAACUGGUGAAAUAAUCUCUCUAUUUUCGAUUAGCUUCAUCAGAAAACACUGAGAAUGUCAUGCUGUUUUUGUGGAUUGGCCAGUUUCUUGGAUGGGAUUAGGGUUUAAGGUUGCUUAUAAGCUUCAAAUUAUCUUAUUAGUUUUAUUGUUUGUUCUGAAGAGCUUGUUAUAGUCUCAUUUAUACACUCAUCUAUAUUAAUGUGGCAGCCAGAAUCCAUAAUUUCAAUAGGUUAA